AUGGCCACCCCAACGCAAGAACAGCUGAAAACCCUCGAACAAUCCCGCCAGCGACUGGUCCAGCUCACGCGCUCGCUGGCGUCCCUAAUCACAAGUCUAAAUCAAAGUGAUCCUCUGCCAUCUUGGUCCUCUCUCCAAUCCCAAGCCAGCAUCAUCUCAAACAACCUCCUCAGCGUCUCUGACCACCUCUCGGACAACCGUGAUCUCCUUACUUCCCUCGUCGCAUACCCGGGCCCCGACUAUCCGGGCCGUACACAGGCCAACACCCUCGAACAGCUUCUUCGGACGAAACUCGACCCCCGCGUCGAGGACUGGGUUGCGCGCGGUCGCAAGGCGGGCGCGUCUGCGCUAGAGGAUAAAUCGGGGCUGGCGGAGGCGGAGCUGGCGGAAUUGUGGGAUUGGGCACCCGUGGAGGCGAAUCAGGAGGCGAGGCGGAGGAACUGGGGUGGGAAUUUUACGCUCGAGGAGAGGGAGAUGGGGGUGCAGAAUGUUGUUACGGGGUUGGCGAGGGUGUUGGAGGAUGAGGGGAGUGAGAGUGAGGAUGAGGAGGAAGGGGAGGAGGAUGAGAUGGAGAUUGUGGGUGUUAGAAGGCAGUCGGCUGGGGCUGGGUUUGAAUUUGAUAUUGCGCCUGCUUCGGCUGCGCAGCAUCAGCAGCAGAAGUUUGUGGAGCCUGCCGUGCCGUUGGAGGAUAUUUUGAGGUUUAUGACUACAGGGGCGGAGCCGGGGAAGAGGUGA